ACCGAACGACCUGUCCUCCUCCCCCUACCACGGCGCCGGCGGCUGGGGAUCAUCCGGACCCCUGGUCGAGCAUCCUGGCAGUGGCGCCCCGCACAACUACGGGAUGAUGGGUGCAGCUGGACCUCCCGGCGCCAACAUCAACCACGCGGGAGCCGCCGGCGCGGGACCAGGGCAGGCACGACCGCUGUUUCGGUUUCACCAGGAGGUGGUGAUUCCGCUGCUCCCUGAAAAGCCGACCCGGGACAAACGCCGCCAGUUAGAAGACAAGAAGCAGAUGGAGACGCUGUGGAUGGAAGUGUACUUGUAAGAAAGUACACAACUCCCCCUCUCCCUCAUUUGUAAUGCAAAAUCCCAAAUCCAGCUGCUGCUUUGUAGCACUGUUUGCAUGACAAAUCCUGGAAGCCCAAACAGCACUACGCUCCAGUGCAAAUUUGUCAUGCAAAACCGGUAUUCUUGCUGAUGCUUUUAUUGCCGUUCAUGCUAUGCAAAUGAGGGGCAGGGGGAAAUGUGCACUUUUAUAACUUGCGCGUGCAGGCCGCCGUGCUCGCGGU